AUGACCAAACUAGAAUAAGAAAAAUAUCUAAUUGAUUAAAAUGUAGUAAAGCAAUAAGAGGAAAUAUCAAUAUAAAUUUAUAAUUUGCAAAGCAAGAGCGCUGCUUUGGGAUAGCAAAGAGAGUCAAACAAGCAAACACAAUCUUUGUUUACUACAAAUAAGUUGAAAGAUGAAAAAAAAAUAUUCUACUUAGCAUCUAAUAAUUUUAUAAAAAUGAAAAAAGAAGAAGCUUUUAAAAUUUUAGAAAAAGAUUAAUCUAAAAUAUUGCAUGAGAAGAAAAAGAUUGAUUAAUAAAUAAAAGAUCUUCUAUAAAAGUUGUCUAAAAUGAAACCUUAUAUUGAGUUAUUAGAUUUUGAAAUCUAGGAAAUGUUAAUAGAAUAUGUAAAAGACAAUGAAGAUAUGGAUGAGGAUUGA